CUGCUGAUUAACCAGAUGAUGUAAAUUGGGAAAUAGUAGAAGUCACAGAAGUUAUCUAAACAGUGUGGGAAACUUGGAACAUUGUGAGAGCUACAGAGGAGCAUUUCAUCUUGGAGAAAGCGUAUUGGUUGAUGAACAAAGUGAGUGAGUUGAUGCUCUAAAGCAAGUGAUGUUAUCUUAGGAAAUAAGCAAGUUAUUUGGUGAUCAAAGCAAGUGAGCCGAUAAAUAAACCAAGUGAUUGGAAUGAACAAAGCAGGUGAGCUCAUGAACAAAGCAAGUGAGCUCAUGAACAAAGCGAGUGAUCUUGUUGAACAAAGCAAGUCAUAUUGAUAAACAAAGCAAGUGAUUUGGGACACAAAGCAAGUGAUUAAGAAUAUUGAACAAGUGAUUUGGGAUACAUACCAAGUACUGUAAGACACAAAACAAUUGAUACACCCGCGAAGCAUGAUGUACAAUAUGGAUAUUAUAUUACAGAAGUGAUUACAGGAAAAUCUAAAUAUGAAGUCAAGAAUGAAUCGAAAAGUGUUGACAUGUGGUGGAGUAUGUACUGUGAUAUUCAUAAUCUCACUAACUAUAAACAUAUUAGCUCUCAUAUUUGAUGCAAGACGGGAAAUUUACAUUUUAGAUGCCGAAUCUCACCAAAGAGACAUCAUGUUCAACAAUAUUAAUUUGACAACCAAUAUUGUGCAUACAAAGCACAAAAGAAAUACAAAUCAUCAAAAUUCAUUUUUGAUCAAUGAACCCAAGAAGUGUGGAAACUUUGGAGCAGUGUCAUCUAUUGAUCCACCAACUAUAUUAAUAGCCGUUCUUUCAUCUGUGAAAAACAAACACAAGCGGAAUGCAAUAAGAAAAACUUGGGCUGAAAAAGCCAUUAAAAAUAAGUCGAUAAAAUUGAUUUUUAUUCUGGGUGUAGAAUUAGAGUUCACUGAAAAGGACCAAUUGGUGAUACAAAAAGAAAGUGAAAGUUAUCGUGAUAUCAUCCAGGUGGAUCUAGUCGACACUUAUAAAAACUUAACUCUCAAGUCUCUUGCCAUGCUAGAAUGGACACAGACGUAUUGUGAUUCUGUCCGAUUCCUUGUAAAGGCAGAUGAUGAUUCAUUCAUUAAUAUUCCAAACUUGAUCAAAUUAUUAUUCAUUCAUUCCAGAGAAUCAUAUCAGAAAGUGAUUU